AAAAAAUACAAACAUGGACUAUAAACUUAGUAGCCUUCAAGAAGAGCAGUCAGCAAGAAGAAAUACAAGGCCACACUCACAGCAGGAAACACUGGCGUGCAAAAAGGAUUCCUGCAAUUUAAAAUUUGCCUCACAAGGAGAGAAGACUAUGAUACAUGCGCAGUUGCCUUAUGGCAACAUGGAAAACUCGAGAACUGAAAGACAGCAAUACCUUGAGAAACUUGAUGUGACAUACCCUGAAAUGUGUUUUUGGGCAGAAAUUGAGGAAAAAACUUUGAAUAAGUUGCAAGAAGCAUUGGAGAUGCUAAAAGCUGCGGAGAUGAUGUGCCGUAGGAUUCAGAGGAUUGAACUUGAAAAUUCCAGCUUGAUUGUUACAACUGAAAAGCAAGCAAAGGAGAUGGAAGCACUCUGGGGAAAACUGCUGAGUGCAGGAGUCAAUGUGGAUGAGGCAGCACCCAGAGGAGAUGCAGGGAAGAGGAGGAGAGAGGAUGCUGCUGAACUGUGCAGUCAGGCGGAGCUGAUGAAGCUCGUAUCUGAGCUCUCUGAGAUGAGGAUGCAGGACGAUUCUUGUAAAAUGGAAGUGGAAAAAUACAAGGAGCUGUAUCUCAAAGAGCUGAGGAGUAAUAACGCCUUACUCUCACUUCUUCCAAGUAGGAUUUGCAAGUGUCCAGAGGGGUCGAGUGCAAAUCUUGAGGAGUCGAUGCGGUGGAACACCUCUGCAUCGGUAGCCCUCCUAGGGCCUCGCCCCAAGUGCCCUCAAGUGGCAUGUCUAACAAGCAGCAACACGGAGUUACAAGGACAUGUGCCCCACCCUUCCCAAAGCCCAGAAGUCAGCAGUGAAUUCAUGGAAAAUCCUAGGAGCUGGUCUGAAGAUAAGGAAAUGGCGAGGAAAAAACUGAUGGACUCAGUGCACUCUCUGCUCUGUGCUUUGCGCCGAGAAGGAAGGAGGACUGAAGUGUUACAAAAAGAGCUAACCAAAAUGAAGAAAAUCUUGAAUAUGUCCCCAAAGGUAGGACAUGGGUGUGACAACAGGAGACACUGUUUUCCUGAAGUUCCAAAAGUCAGUCAAGCUGAAAUGAGCGUUCCAGUUACCAUGCUAAGCCUUGAGGGAGGAGCAACAGCGAGAGAAAGCUUAGUGCGUGUUCAAGAGAAUCCAAGUGCGGCAGUCCUAACUCAGAUGGAGUCUGAAAUGAAAGAUAUCGAAUCUGCCAUCUCUGAAGUGAACGCCCAAGAACACGCGGUUAAAAAUGAACUAGAGGCCUUGAAGCAGCUCUAUCGAGGAGAGUUAGAGCGUAUAGAUGGCAUUUCAUCGAAACUGCCUGUGUGA